GUCACCUUUUAUGUAUAGUAAAAUUUUGGUUAACACAUUUGUUUAAAUUUAUUUUUGCCUUAUUUUAAAAAUUUGUUUAUAUGGUAGCCAUAUUAUAAUUUAACUCAACAAAAGGUAUAUUCGAUUCAUGUUAUUGAUCUAAUGCAGCGUGAUCCUUUUAACGAUAUUCGAUGGAAUGUCAGUCGAGCGAUAGUAAAAAAUUAUUCAAAGUAUUUGACGCAUCGAAACGUAAACGAACGAGAAAGAAGAAUGGGGUGGAUGAUGAAAAUUCGUUAGUGACGGAUGAUUCCAUCACCGUAUGUCAAGGUAAUGUCUGCCGAAUAUUGUCGUCUGCAAAGGCCAGUUUACAAGAUGUCCCGACAGCACAUACAAUAGAUGUGUCAAAAGAAUCACACACUGUUAAAAGAGACAGAGAGAGCAGUCCGUCGGUAUCCCGUUCGCCAUGUGAGGGUCAUCGAAAGUCACAUUUGCCCAGAGAUGGUCACCGACCCUCAAGAUCUCCACGCCGUCAUCGGCGACCUACAAGAGACGGUAUAUCUCUAGCACUGAAAGCUGGACUGGUGUCUACCCCUCGAUCAGUAACACCAUUACAGGAAGCAGAUGUCGGCUUAGAAAAUAUUCCUCAAGAUCAAGAUUCAUUCAUCUACGCUUUCCUUGAAGAAGCAAUUAAGAGGGAUAAAAGAAAACAGCGACAUUCGCGGCGACAAUAUGACGAUUACCGCACCAACGGUGACAGAGAAGCGUCAAGUGCACGGCGGCACCGUCACCAUCAUCGUCGACGAGAGGAUGUCCCACCGAGAGACCCCGAGAAGUCGUCCAAAAUGACGUCGGCAGCUUCUACAGUCGAUCAAGUUGCUUUAUUUGAAACGUUUGCAAAAAUAUGUGCACAGUUGAACGAGAAAACAAAACACUGCUCUCCCUAUGUACCACGCUCGCAAAGCCAUAAGUCAUUGCAAUGUGAAGUUAUGUCGAAACGGGACACUUGCCAUGUCGAAAACCGGCCAAAAAAAUUACAUAGUCGAGACCCGUCCAGAGAAAAUGUGUCAAAAAUGAGAAGUCAAGAGAAUAUUCGAGAAACACUUCGUGGUAACGAUAAAGUACCCACUAAUCCUCUGCUGAAUAGGAAUGUGAUGCAAGAUAAAUGUGCAUGUUGUUCUCCUCACGAUAAAGUUUCUCAUUUCCCUAGUAAAUUAGAUUUGAACACAUCAGCUGAUCAUAAUGUGGUAGAUGAUCGAUAUCAUGAAUAUCCAUCUAAUACGGCUCCUAUUCGAAGUUGCGCACAGCAACCUUAUAGAUAUCUUCCCAAUGAGCAUAGAGAUUAUAGGGAUUACGAGCGGAAUCCUCAUGGAUCGAGAUAUUAUGACGAUGAUAAAAGAAAGUAUUUUGAGCAGAAAACAAGCAGAAGUUUUGACAUUCCAAGAGAAGUUUAUAGGGACGAUGAUAAGUAUUAUCGAAGAACCACAAGGAGUGAAGCGAAUAAAGAAAAACGUUAUGAUGAUCAAAGGGAUAAAAGAAAUGAUGAAAGGGACAAAUAUUUUGAUCAUAGAUAUUUAGAUCGUGACCGUUUCAAUGCGUCGAAUAAAGAGAAGCGUUCAAGGCAUCAUACGGAUAAGUUUGAAAGAAAUUCGAUCGCAUCAAGAGACGAAGACUACAGGGAUCGAGACAGAUAUUUUGAACGUGAAAGAGACUCUGGAUUAAGCGUUGCUGAUGGUGAGACUAGCACUGUCAGCGGUCGAAGUAAUUAUUUGCGGGUGGUCAAACAGGAGAUAUCGGAACAACGUGAGGCAAUGGACAAAAUGAUGAAAUUGUGGAAAGAAUUAAUGCGAUGUUUUAAAGGAAUAUCAUCACAAACUCAGAGUUCAGAUAAAGCUGUUCAGGACUCUGCAGCGAACGUUCAAGAAUCCGCUGCGGCCCAACUGCGGUUAUGGAGGGAAUGUAUGAGGCGCUACGAGACAGUGGCGCGGGACGUCGGAGAUACUGACGCUCGACUUAUGGAAGAGAUAAACAAACAACGCUCAGAAAUGGCUGAAAUGGCUGGCAUGUGGCAAGAGUGCUUGCAACGCUACCGCGAGAUGAGCACAGACUUCAACAGUCUUAAACAACAGUUGGUAACACCCGAAAGUCCGACACGUAUGCCUGCAGCCCCGCUUGUAUGCGCUGAGGGUGAAGGUAUGGUGGCUCCUGGUCCCUAUCAUCUCCCACCAAGUUAUCCGCCGAUGGCACCUAUGCAUGGGGGUUAUGGCAAUGGCGGUUCACCAUUGAGACCUCGAGCGUCCGCGCCGCCGGCGUGGUGGUGGACUGGCGAGGGCGCUCGGCCGUUGCCACGACGUAGGUCUUCGCCGGAUUCCAGAGGCUCCCGUGACAGAGAUAGAGAAAGGAGACAUCGACACAAAGAUAGAGAUCGAGACGAUUCAAGAUACAAGGAGAAAUCUUCGAAACCAAAUGCCGCACGUUCUGAACACAGACACAGGAAAAGAUGAUCAAAUUGUUGUAGAUGUAAUCUAAAAAUAUAAAAAAAACUGCAAACAAUGAAGUAAAUAAAUUUAUUGUGGCUAUAUGGAUCUGAUUACUAAAAAAUGUCUAGUGGAAUAAAAUAAAUUAAUGACAAAAAAUAAUUUAAGUACGUUUAAUUCAGAGCUUUUUACA